UCUUAUAAGUUAUUUAUUUAAACAGUUAUUUGGAGAAAAAUAUUUUCUUUAGUAUUUAAAAGUAUUGUCUAAAAAAAAAAUCACAAUAUUUCUUUUGUACAGAUAGAUGCCUGGUACUCUCUGCAGUUGUGGAAAUAGUAGAAAAUAAUAAUAGAAAAUAUGGUAUUUUAUUUAUUAUUCUUUAUGGUAUUAUUUGUCAAAUAGAGAGACACUAUCCCACGAAAUGUCACGUCUAUGGCAACAGUACACUUUUUAAUGAGGGCAUUAAAUGUAAAUACAGUACGUGUGUGUGUGUGUGUUGGGGGGAGAGGGGGUGUUACACACAUCUUAGUCUAAUUUAAAGACAGGAUGAGACGUUUGAAAGACCUGAAAGCAAGCGUACAGUAUAGGGUGUAGUGAUAGACUAAAGCCUGAGGGUGGCAGUAGUGAGCGGCCAACAGUAACAACACUCCCAUAGACAACGAGGAAGACGAAGGGACGCAUGCGCACCGUGCUGACCUUCCUUACAGCAAGCAUGGCUGCACGGGCUUUAACAAGAGGUUUGUUGGGAUUGAGACAUGCUGUUGUGAAGGUUGACGGAUGUGGAGGACAUUUCUGUUAUUCCACGGCAGCAUCCUUGCAGUCUCCCCCACCACAAACAGAGCAAGUCUCCGACCAGUUUCUCAGCCUGACCCUUGAGAAGCCAGACUUCUUCAGGGUGUCUGAGCUCUUCUCCCUAAAGGACUUGUUUGACGCCAGAGUGCAUCUUGGCCACAAGAAAGGAUGCAGACACAGGCUAAUGGUGCCCUACCUGUACGGCUGCCGUUUGGACCAGGACAUCAUCGACUUGGACCAGACCAUGGAGCAUCUCCAGCUUGCCCUCAACUUCACGGCCCACGUGGCCUUCCGCGGCGGCGUCAUCCUUUUCGUCAGCCGCCGCCGCCAGUUCUCCCACCUGGUGGAGACCAUGGCGAGGGAGUGCGGCGAGUACGCUCACACGCGCUACUGGCAGGGCGGUCUCUUCACCAACGCCCACAUCCAGUACGGCCCCGGCGUCCGCCUGCCGGACCUGGUGGUCUUCCUGUCCACGCUCAACAAUGUCUUCCAGCAGCACGUGGGCGUCCGUGACGCCGCCAAGAUGAACAUUCCCACAGUGGGCGUGGUGGACUCCAACUGCAACCCCAGCCUGCUGACGUACCCCGUGCCUGGGAAUGACGACACCCCCGUGGCCAUGGAGCUGUACUGUCGCCUCUUCAAGAUGACCAUCAACAGAGCCAAGGACAAGAGGAGGCAGAUGGAGCUGGUGCACGGCCUCAUGGCGCCCUCGUCACCCAGCCAAUGACCUCAUUCACAUCCUCAAUAAAAGACACUCCUCCCUCUU